GAAAGUUUAUAUGAAAAAAUGGAUCCCAAGACAAGGCCGAUCACGUGGUCUCCACCGAAAGCAGCCAUUGGCCAAAACCACAGAGAAGGCGUUCCGACGGCGGCGGCGUGGGUUCGCUUGAGUGACACAAUUAUAACAAGUUUGAGCUGGCGAAUAGGGGGAAGUUUGAGAUAUUACUAAAUAACAAUUUGCCGUUAAAUCCUGCAUCGCUCGUUCUGCAUGCAUUUUGGUGUACCUUGCGACUCAUUUAUGUCGAGGACAAUGUGAAAACGGGGGUGUUCCGAGGAAAUUAUUUUCCGUCUAUUCUUUUUUGCGUUUGGAUCCACGCAAAAAGGUGCUCGGCUUGCGGUGCGUAAAUAUCUUCGCUGGAGUUUUUUGUCUAUGAAAUCGUGCGGAGUGUCAGUGGCCGCUGUAGCUCGCGCUGCUGCUGGUGAUGGUGAUGAGGAAAAGAAAAUGGCGGCGGGAAAAGCGAGUGAAACCGAGGAGGACUUUCCGAAGCUUACGCCGCAAGAAAGGGAGCGCUUAGCCAGCGUAGACAGCACACUGUUUGGAUUUCAGAGGCUUCAUGAAGAUGGCGCCAGAACGAAGGCCUUGCUGUUAAAGGCUGUUCGCUGCUAUGACGUCUACAUCUUAAAAGCUGAAGGGAAAGUGGAGCCAGAGGUGUUUUGCCAGUUAGGUCACUUCAACCUUUUACUGGAAGAUUAUCCUAAAGCAUUAUCUGCAUACCAGAGAUACUACAGUUUACAGUCAGACUACUGGAAGAAUGCUGCCUUUUUAUAUGGCCUUGGUUUGGUUUACUUCCAUUACAAUGCUUUUCACUGGGCAGUGCAGCGCACCCCCUCAGAUGCCCAUUCUGGACAGAGAAGGGCGAUUAAAGCAUUUCAGGAGGUGCUUUACAUUGACCCUAGUUUCUCAAGAGCCAAGGAGAUCCAUCUGCGACUCGGCCUGAUGUUUAAAGUCAACACAGACUACGAGUCGAGCCUCAAGCAUUUUCAGCUGGCAUUGAUUGACUCCACACCCUGCACUUUGUCCAAAGCUGAAAUUCAGUUCCACAUCGCUCAUGUAUAUGAAAUUCAGAAGAAAUAUCGUAUCGCAAAGGAAGCUUACGAGAGUCUGUUACAAACAGAGAAUCUCCCUGCACAGGUGAAGGCAACUACGCUCCAACAAUUAGGCUGGAUGCAUCACACGGUCGAACAGUUGGGAGAUAAAGCCAACAAGAACAGCUAUGCUAUUCAGUGUCUGCAGAAGUCCCUAGAAGCAGACCCCAAUUCGGGACAGUCUUGGUAUUUCUUGGGCAGGUGCUACUCAAAUAUUGGGAAGGUCCAAGAUGCCUUCAUAUCUUACCGACAGUCUAUUGAUAAGUCUGAGGCCAGUGCAGAUACAUGGUGCUCAAUUGGUGUGUUGUAUCAGCAGCAGAACCAGCCGAUGGAUGCACUGCAGGCAUAUAUCUGUGCAGUGCAACUGGACCACAGCCAUGCGGCCGCCUGGAUGGACCUGGGCACACUCUACGAGUCCUGCAACCAGCCGCAGGAUGCCAUCAAGUGCUACAUCAAUGCCACGUGCAGCAAGUCCUGCAGUAACAUCCCAGCUCUCACCGCUCGCAUUAAAUGCCUCCAGGCUCAGUUGUGUAAUCUUCAGCAAGGUAGUUUACCAAGUAAAAGUAAAAUGCUCCCUAGUAUUGAGGAGGCAUGGAGCCUACCAAUCCCAGCAGAGCUCACCUCCAGACAGGGAGCGCUCAACACAACACAACAGCAGACCACCUGCAAAGCUCAUCAGAGCAAUGAAGACCAGUCCCAAAUCCCAGGCCAGUCUCUUCCCCCUCAUAUAGUCUCUGGCCAGACUGAUGACCAGUCCAGCCUAGCCAAAAGGAAGAGGACUGCAAGUCCAGCCAGGUCUCACCAUCAGAAUUCACCAGAUUCCUGGGAAAAUGAUCCAGGUCAUCGUCAAGUCCCCAACUUGAGUUUAACCCCACAGAAGCUUCAGAUGAGGCUGAAUGCUAUGGGUCAGAUACGACCCAGUGUGUCCAACGGUCCUAUAGCCAACCCCUCACUGCCUAUGAACUCUAAUUCCACAUCCUCCUCUCACCAUCCACACUUUGCUCUUUUCUGCACACCAUCCGCCCACUCACGAUGCGCUGCUCAGCCAAUAGCCAACGGACCUGUCCCUGCAAGCCCCACCCCAUGCACGGCUGGAACCUUGGGUAACACAGAUGCCGUCUCUGUGGGCAAUAAUCACCUCCCAGGAUCGGGGAGCAACGGAAACGUGCCUUACUUGCAGCAAAACACACUACCUCAAAACUGCACAACCCCCACCAGCAGCAGCAUGGAUGAUGAACCGUGGAAAAGCCAACACAUCAACUCCACUCAGGGGCUUCAGAAGAGUCCAGGUUCAUAUUCAGCAGGUCCCAAUGGCGAGCAGCCUUCCUCUUCCGCUGAGACGUCCCAGCCUACCCCGGCAGCCGGCACUGGCGUUCCAAAUCAGGUCGGACCUUCGGCCACAGCCAGCGGCACGUUAGCGCAAGAGGCCAGUCACAAUCAUCUCCGCUCCUCUAGCUCCCCUCACUCUGCUACCUCAGGUGGACAGCAAGGCAUGGUGCACACCAAAGAGAGAAAGCCUUCAGGAAACGGGCAUUCCGCAGGGACGCCUAACAGCACUGCCACUGCAGAAGGACUGCCUAAUCACGUCCAUCAUGGCCAGACAAACGCUGCUGGGGCGAAACCCUGCUCACCAGCUGUACUUAGUUCAGACAAUCCUCAGCUCUCUGCCUUGUUGAUUGGAAAAGCCAAUGAUAGUAAUAAAAGUAAUGGUGGUGGGUUGACUGCUGCCGGCACAAAGGUUAACAACAUUCUCCCAAGUCUGCACCAGGGGCUAAAGGCGCAGGGAAACUCGGUGGCCUCCUCCCCGUGUUCUGCCAUGUCCACGGCCACACCCUCACCCAAAUCAGCAGACCAUCACAGCACUCAGAACAGUGUUAACAGCCUUAACAGCCCCAUACUCAAUGGCAAAGGUCUGGAGUACUCUCAGAGCCCCUUGAAGGUGGCAUCUCCGCUGGUUUGUCAUAAACCCAAGCCUCACUCGUUCACCCCGUGGUCUUCUGUCUCCAUCUACCCCAGCUCCAGUGACGUGCUCAAAGCAUGCAGAAACCUGGGGAAGAAUGGUGUGUCCAGUAACAGCAUCUUGCUAGACAAGUGUCCCCCUCCACGGUUACCACCUGCACCCUUCCCUCUUCUGCCAAAGGACAAGCUCAAUCCUCCCACCCCUAGUAUUUAUUUGGAGAACAAGAGGGACGCUUUCUUUCCGCCGCUACACCAGUUCUGCACAAACGCAGCCAACCCCGCUACAGUGAUCCGUGGCCUGGCUGGAGCACUCAAACUAGACCUAGGAUUGUUCUCUACCAAGACUCUGGUGGAUGCCAACCCAGAGCACCUGGUGGAGGUGAGGACUCAGUUAUCUCAGCCCACUGAUGAGAACUGGGAUGUGACGGGAAGCAGAAAGAUGUGGUGUUUUGAGAGCAGUCGGUCUCACACCACCAUCGCUAGAUACGCUCAGUACCAGGCCUCGUCUUUCCAGGAAUCAUUGCGGGAGGAAAAUGAAAAGAAAGGGCAGAAAGACCACUCAGACACAGAAUCUGCUCCGUCAGAAAAUGUGGUCCACAGAAGAAGAGGUCCCUUUAAGCAUAUCAAGUUUGGGACCAACAUUGACUUGUCAGAUGAGAAAAAAUGGAAGCUGCAGCUGGCUGAGUUGAGUAAGCUGCCUGCCUUCGUGCGGGUGGUGUCUGCAGGGAAUCUGCUCAGUCAUGUGGGCCACACCAUUCUCGGCAUGAACACAGUCCAGCUCUAUAUGAAGGUCCCAGGCAGCAGGACACCAGGUCAUCAAGAAAAUAACAACUUCUGCUCUGUGAACAUUAACAUCGGCCCUGGAGAUUGUGAAUGGUUUGCUGUUCCUGAGUCGUACUGGGGUGUCAUAAAUGACUUCUGUGAAAAGAAUAAUAUAAAUUACCUAAUGGGCUCAUGGUGGCCAAAUCUAGAGGACUUGUAUGAGGCCGAUGUUCCAGUGUAUCGCUUUAUCCAGCGACCAGGUGAUCUGGUCUGGCUCAAUACAGGCACUGUGCAUUGGGUUCAGGCUAUUGGCUGGUGCAACAACAUUGCCUGGAAUGUAGGACCACUCACUGCGCAUCAGUACAAGUUAGCUGUGGAACGCUUUGAGUGGAACAAACUCCAGAGUGUCAAAUCCAUCGUUCCCAUGAUUCACCUCUCUUGGAACAUGGCCAGGAACAUCAAAGUGUCAGACCACAAACUCUUUGAGAUGAUCAAGUAUUGUUUGUUGAGGACACUAAAGCAGUGUCAGACGUUGAGGGAGGCGCUUAUAGCUGCUGGAAAAGAGCUAGUUUGGCAUGGAAGGACCAAGGAUGAACCUGCUCACUACUGCAGCAUCUGUGAGGUGGAGGUCUUUGAUCUGCUGUUUGUCACCAGUGAGAGUAACUCAUGUAAAACGUACGUGGUGCACUGCCAGGGCUGUGCUCGGAGAUGCAGCCCUAACCUUGAGAACUUUGUGGUUUUAGAGCAGUACAGAAUUGAGGACCUCACGCACGUGUGUGACCAGUUCACAUUAGCCCCACCCCUGCCCUCCUCCUCAACUUGACGUUAACAUUAACGGUUCUUCGGAUAACACCCUGGAACGCAAUGCAACGCAUCUCUUUCUGAUAUUCAGGAGACCUGACCCAGUUCCACACCACUGGUUUCUGUAGCAAACCCCACAAGGCUGCUGGUUCUAAGCUGUGUGUCUAUGCAACCUUGCCAAGCAUGGAGUUUCGGCCCACCGGAGUGAAGUGGGAUCGUCUCCAUCUUCAGGACUGUUUCAGCUUGUUCAGCACCACUUCUCUUUGAAACACAAACUACAAAUAGACUAAUUGCUGAGGGAAAAUGGUUUUGUGUAUAUACCACAAAUGGCAAAAUCACUCAAAACUACUGACUCUUCUUUUUUUUUAAUUUGACUGUUUUUGUCUUCUGUACUUCAUGUACAAGCUAAUACAUGAUUUUCUUUCAAUGUUAUUUCCUAUAAGUACUACCGUAGCUGGGCUUUUUUGUUCAAAAUUUUCUUUAGGUAACAAAAAAGAUACAUUUGUAAUGUGAAUUUUUUUUAUUUUUUUUAAUAUUUUUGUCUCUUUUUCUUAAGGAAAAAGUUAAGUUGGGGGGGGGUAGCCAAGUCACAAAGAAAAAUGGGUUGCACAUAGACUAAGGAAUAAAUUUAAUUUGUGUUUUUUUUGUGUGUGUUAGUUCUAAUCUUGUAAAUUUACACUAUUUAUAUAUUUAUUGCUUGAAAAUAUUUGUUGAUGGAAUGCUAUUAUUUUUUUUCAGAGUUCCUGCCAUUAAAUUUUAUGGAGUAAUGUCAUUUUGAACAUUUCUCUUUUUACAUUUUCUAUACAUGAAUUAAACUGCUUAGCAAGCAUUGUACAGAAACAUGAAGAUUGAUAUGGUUUAUGGUUUACUAAUCAGAGUUGUCUUUGUAAUUAAAAUAUUAUUCUUUUGUGAUGAAAUUCCUUGUCUCGUCGUC